CAUUGAAGGAGAACAGCUUCAUCAAGUGUGACCAUUUUCACAAGACAUAACAUAACCUUCAGACACAUGACCCACCAAGUGGUAAGGCCCCUAAGACAGUGGCCAUGGUUCCACCACCAUCGCACUUGUGUCACCCUUCCCCUCCUCCUCCACCGCCACCACCACCAUCACCACCACCACCACAUCCACCUUCUUUCUCCUCCACCACCUCAUCCCAGGACAUCUAAAACACCACCAAUUUCUCACCGGUUCUCGUUUGCCACACUCGCUUCGUCUCGUCCUAAACUUCGAACACCCAACUCUCCACUACCAUCCACCUCUGACACGGAUCUAGAGGGCAAGAAGAGCCGGAACGAGCUGAAGCGAGAAGCCAAGCGCGCUGUCAAGUGGGGGAUGGACUUGGCUUCCUUCUCCGCUCCACAAAUCAAACGCAUCCUUAGGGUCGCUUCCUUGGACCAAGUUGUGUUCGAAGCUGUUAUGCUCGUUAAGAGACUGGGACCUGAUGUCCGGGAAGGAAGGCGGAGGCAGUUCAAUUAUAUCGGGAAAUUGCUACGGGAUGUGGAUCCUGAGUUAAUGGAUCGAUUAAUUAAAGCUACGAAAGAUUCAGAUCACAAAGAGUUGCAAGCUUUAACUGGCUUAGGGUCUGAUGACCCUGAAGAUGAUGAUGAUGAUGAAGAUGACUUGGUUGAAUCUGAAUCAGAGGAGGACCAGGAGGAAUCCAAUUGGCACGAUGGUCAGGUGACAAGGUGGUUUGAUGGUUUGAUCAGCAAGGACAUUGAAAUCACCAAUGAAAUUUAUUCAGUCCAAGGAGUUGAAUUUGAUCGCCAGGAGUUGCGAAAGCUUGUACGUAGAGUGCACAUUACUCAAGAGAUGAAGGCUGAUAAUGAAGAAGAGGAGAAAAAAAUAGAAACAGCAACACUUGGUGCUAAGAAGGCUCUUACUCGUUUCCUUCGUGGCCUUACGAAGAGAGUCCAUUAUGAAUACUAAUACGUCAAUUGAUCAAUGUUAUUUUAAGUUGGUAUGUCUUGGAUUUAAGAAUUUACCAAGAAUUACAUUGCCUUGGUGUGAUUACAUGCUGCUGAAAAUCUUAUAUUCUUUUUUUAAGUUGACUACCACAUAAUAUUUUGAACUCUUUUCCGUAAA